AUGGCAUGCUCUCCAACUCCAAUCUCUGCAAUAGCUUUCACCAACCCAACAAGGUUCAAAAGGGUUUCUUUUCCUUCUAUGUUAAGCCCAAAAGCCACGGCCAAGGAAAUUUACUUCAACCAUGAUGGUUCAGCCACAAAGAAACUUCUGGCAGGGGUGGAGAUAGUGGUAGAGUUAUUGGGAGCGACUUUAGGACCAAAAGGAAGGAAUGUGGUGUUGCAAAACAAGUAUGGACCUCCCAAGAUUGUUAAUGAUGGAGAAACUGUCCUCAAAGAGAUUGAACUGGAGGAUCCCUUGGAGAAUGUUGGAGUAAAAUUGGUAAGGCAAGCUGGUGCAAAAACAAAUGAUCUUGCUGGUGAUGGUUCAACAACAUCUGUAGUUCUUGCUCAUGGUUUGAUAGCUGAGGGUCAAAAGGUAAUUGCAGCUGGCAUGAAUCCCAUCCAAAUUGCUCGUGGGAUUGAGAAAACCUCAAAGGCCCUUGUCUCUGAACUCAAAUUGAUGUCAAGAGUGGUUGAGAACGAUGAGCUUGCAGAUGUUGCUGCAGUUAGUGCAGGGAAUGAUUAUACAGUGGGAAACAUGAUAUCCGAUGCAAUUCGGCAAGUAGGAAGAAGGGGUGUGGUCACAAUUGAAAAGGGAAGGUGUACUGAGAACAACCUAGAAAUUGUAGAAGGAAUGCAAUUUGAUCGUGGAUAUUUGUCUCCUUACUUUGUAACCGAUCGGCAAAGAAUGGCAGUGGAGUUCCACAACUGUAAGUUACUUUUGGUUGACAAAAAAAUCAAGAAUGCGAAGGAGAUGUUCAAAAUAUUGGAUAAUGCAGUUAAAGAGAUGUACCCAAUUGUAAUAGUUGCAGAGGAAGUGGAGCAGGAAGCUCUGGCUCCAAUCAUUAAAAACAAACUCAAGGGUCUGCUGAAGGGAGCUGCUAUUAAGGCUCCUGCCUUUGGUGAACGGAAGAGCCACUACUUAGAUGACAUUGCUAUAUUGACAGGAGGUACUGUAAUCAGAGAUGAUAUGGGGCUGAAGCUAGAAAAGGCUGGGAAGGAGGUGUUAGGCACUGCUAUUAAGGUGGUGAUAACAAAAGAUUCUACAUUGAUAGUAACUGAUGGGAGCACUCGAGAAGCUGUGGAGAAAAGGGUUUCUCAGAUCUGUAGUCUUGUUGAGAACACUGAAGAAAAAUUUCAAAAGAAAAUACUGAACGAAAGAAUAGCAAGGUUAUCUGGAGGGAUUGCUAUUCUCCAGGUGGGAGCACAAACACAAGUUGAGUUGAAGGACAAACAACUGAGAAUUGAGGAUGCUUUGAAUGCAACUAAGGCAGCAAUUGAGGAAGGUGUGGUAGUUGGAGGUGGUUGUAGCCUCUUGAGGUUAUCAACUAAGGUGGAUGGUAUUAAAGUACUUUUGGAUAAUGAAGAACAGAAGAUUGGAGCUGAGAUCUUCAAAAGAGCUUUGAGCUAUCCUGCACGACUAAUAGCCAAAAAUGCAGGUGUAAACGGAAAUGUAGUCAUAAACCAGGUUUUGUCAAAUGCUGAUGUAAGAUACGGAUACAAUGCUGCAACAGACACUUAUGAGGAUUUGAUUACUGCUGGAAUUAUAGAUCCCACAAAGGUGGUUAGGUGUUGUUUGGAGCAUGCGGCAUCAGUGGCCAAGACAUUCCUGACAUCCGAUGCUGUUGUAGUUCACAUCAAGGAAUCGGAUCCCCUCCCAAUGAGGAAACGAAUGCCAUCAAUAGCCCCUCCUCCCAUGGCAAAGUCCCCAGGUGUUGGACCAGUUGGUGUUCCAUUGGUUUCAUCACCUCCAUAUUCAAAUCCUGAUUUUGUUUUUCAACCCGUAGAAUUUUCCUUCGCUGUUCAGAUAAAUCCUGCAUGUGGGGCAGUCACUGCUACCUAUUCUGUUACAAAGAGUGGUGAAGACAGAGAAGAAGAAGAAGAAGAUGGUGCUGAUGGGAUUAAGUAUACAGUGCAUGAUGGAUUUAGUGGUAGCAGGGAUUUCUUUAAUGAUUGGUCUGGGUAUUUUCGCUUUUACUGCUUCCAUUCUUUGCUCUGCUGCUUUUCUUCUCAACGCCAAGCAUGUUUCUUGAUUCAACCAUCCAAUGGCAUGCUUAGCACAGGCGAAAGAGUGCAGUUUGUUCUCGGGUUGGCUCACUUGUAUGUAUCGAAGAGUUUUGUAAUUCCUCUGUGUUAUCCACAUUUCAUACCGUUGUUCUUCCUUUGCCUUAUAGUGUUUAAGAGAAAAGGUUACUGA